AUGGCCAUGAUAGAUGACAUAGCCGAGACCCUGGGCACCAUGCAAGAUGUGAAUAUGAAAUUAAACCCCGGAAAGUGCUGUUUUGGGGUAGAGGAAGGGAGAUUCCUGGGGGUAGUGGUCACCAAGGGUGGAAUCAAAGCCAACCCUGAGAAAACCCAAGCCGUGGCAGAAAUGAGAUCUCCCAGGUCCUUAAAAGAUAUCCAGCAGCUGAACGGAAGACUGAUUGCGCUGAACCGCUUUCUAUCAAAAGUGGCUGACAGGACUCUCCCCUUCAUGAAGGUGCUGAAGGAUUGCCUUCAAACAAACAAAUUCAGAUGGACCACUGAAGCAGAAACUGCUUUCCAAGAAAUGAAGAACUGUAUCUGCCAGCUCCCAACCCUGGCCACCCCAGCACCUGGGGAACACCUGCUCCUGUAUCUGUCGGCCUCAAAGACAACCAUAAGCGCGGUCAUGAUGGUGGAAUGGGAGGGGAAGCAAAUACCAAUAUACUUCAUCAGUAGAACGCUUAAAGGUCCUGAGGAGCGUUACAUGCCCCUGGAAAAAUUGGCGUUAGCCCUCGUUUUCGCAUCCCGAAGGCUCAAAAGGUACUUCCAGGGACACAAGAUCACUUUGAUAACCGAUCAGCCCCUCCAGAAAGUGCUCAAGAGGCCAGAACUGUCCGGACGACUGGCUAAGUGGGCCGUAGAGCUGGGAGUACACUCCCUGGAGUUCAAGCCCAGAACAGCCAUAAAGGGACAAAUACUGGCCGACUUUUUAGCAGAGGUCCCGGAGGACGAAGAAAAAGAACUCCAGAAAUGGGAGGCCUUAGAAAGAAAAGAGAAAGAGGAAGAAGACAAGGCAGUGUGGAAAAUAUUCACAGACGGAGCCUCCAGCGAGGAAGGAAGUGGAGCAGGCAUCACCUUGGUAAGUCCUGAGGGGGUUGAGUUGACUUAUGCCAUAAGAUUAGAUUUCGAAAACGCCAACAAUACCGCAGAUUAUGAAGCCCUUCUGGCAGGGAUGAGGCUAGCACAAAAAAUGAAAGCAAAACAUGUGGAAGCCAACACCAAUUCACAACUGGUGGUUAAGCAAUACCAAGGAGAGUAUGAAGCCAAAGACAACAUCAUGGCUCAGUACGUGGCAAAAGUAAAGGAAACGGCUGAAGCAUUCAAAACCUUCAAGUUAGAAUACAUCCCCCGAGGGAGAAACAGAAAGUCUGACGCCCUCAGUAAACUGGCCUUAGUAGCCUUCGACCAUCUCGCAAGGGAAGUUAAAGUGGAAGUCCUGACCUCUCCUUCCCUUAGCACGAAGGAGGUGGCUGCAGUUGAAAGUGCUCAGGAAACAUGGAUGACACCAAUUAUAAAGUUCCUCAGAGACGGAACCCUGCCUGAGGGGGAGUGGGCAGCCAGAAAGGUAAGGGUCAAGGCCCUGCAGUAUGAGUUGAUUGAUGGGGAGUUGUACCGAAGAUCAUACCUAGGCCCAUCCCUGAAAUGUGUUGAUAUGGAAGAGGCUGAGUAUGUGAUCAAGGAGAUGCAUGAGGGGAUUUGUGGAAUGCAUUCGGGGCCAAGGACGAUAGUAACAAAGGCGAUGAAUGCGGGGUUCUAUUGGCCACGAAUGUAUGAAACGGCAUCCGAGGAGAUUAAGAAGUGUGACAAUUGUCAGAUACGGGGUCCAAAGGAACUAGUGAGUGAUAAUGGCGUCCAAUUUGCUGGAAGACCUUUUAAGCCAUGGUGCGAGCAGAAGCACAUUCAACAAGUGUUUACCUCCGUCACUCAUGCCCAAAGUAAUGGAUUAGUAGAAAGAGCUAACCAAAGUGUCAUCAAGGGAAUGAAGGGAAGACUCGGGAGAAAACAAAAAGGAUGGCUGGAGGAACUAUCAUUCGUGUUAUGGGCAUAUAGGACCACUCCUAAAGAUUGUAAUGGGGAAACUCCUUUCAGCCUAACCUACGGGACAAAAGCUGUCAUCCCGGCUGAGAUAGGAUCCCCAACUGCCCGAAUGAGGCUCCGGGAGGAGGAGAAAUAG